AUGUACAAGGACGCCAGCUCUCGAAUCAACGUGCCGAUCAACGCCCAAACUAUCUCGACGCCGGCGGUGCCAUCGUCCCGACCUCCGAAACGCAGUAGCUGUAGCGACGAAUCGCUGUCGCAGACCGAAACCACUUCUGAACCAUGCAUUCCACAUGUUGACUCGGACUUUUACGACCAGGCAGUCAACGACUACUACAAUCAGGAAGAGCCGAAUCUGACGAUCCUUGGCCACGCGACGGCGAUGUACCAUUUUCCUGGUAAGUCGCAUAUGGAAACGGUGGGCCUGCGGCUAUGGGAUCCUCGUGGCAACGAGGGAAUGGUGCCGAUUGAGGAGCACGACGAAAUGCUUGUGUUAGAAAUCGAUACGGGCGACGGUUGGACGAAGGUGCGGAAAAAAAUUCAAGACAGAGACGUUGACGGAUUUGUUCCCACUUCGUACCUGAAACUGAGCUUGUAUCCUGAUGUAUAG